UCUCAAAAUCCUGUCAAAUUUUUGAAGAAAUAUUUUAUUUCUUAUUCUCGAAACGAUUUAUUUAAAUAUUUUUCCUCUCCUUCUUUUGAUCAAAAUGAACCACUUGGCUGAUGAAGUGCCCAAAGAAGAUGCAACUGUCAAAAAGCAGAAGAAGAAGCUCAGCAAGAAAGAACGAAAAGGGGUUAAGCGCGGAGAGGAUACGGAGUUUCAUAAGCUAAAACUUUAUGAUGAAUUACGGCGGGAAUCGGCAUUGGCCAAAAAGACAUCCAUACGCAAUGAAGAAAAAUGGUUGGAGAUGUGUCCAGAAAUCAAAUUGGCUGAAAUGAGAGAAGAAUUGACAUCCUGGCAGGACAAAACCAAUCGUAUUUUAGUUCAAAAAGAUGAAAAGAUUCAAUUGAUUUUGGAAGAAAUCAAGGAGACCGAAGAAAUGCAAAAACGUAACUUUGGCAUGCAGUUACAGAUUAUGGACUAUUUAAGUGACACCUUCAAACUAUUUCAAGAAGUUGCCCGUCAACGCUACGAAGAGCAGGCUCAAGAAAUGAUUCAUGACUUUUUUCACCAAUUUUUCGAAAGAAAGGCCAUUGACGCUGGUUGUCAAAGGAAAUGCGAAAAUGUUAUGCAUGCCACAAAUUUAAUAGUGGCCCAUACUCUUAGAGAAGAUUAUGACAUAUAUCUGGAUAAACGUGAAGAUCGUGUUAGUACAGAAAUUGUUAAACGUUACGAGUUGCGUGAUGCAGUUGCUAAAAAAAUGCAAAAGCUUCAAAGCCAAUUGGUGGAGUUUGUAGAACGUUUGCGAAAUACCUCCUUGGAUGAUCAUAAAUAUAAACGCUUCAAAGGUUUAAUGCAACGCCAGCGUACUUUCGUAAUAAAAUCACGGAGACUAAGCAACACUGAAGCGCAUCACACACGCCUCUAUAAGGAAUUGCAGAAAGAGUUGAAUCGUGUGGAAAUUGAAGAUGGACGCAAAAUUCAAUAUUUAAAAUUGCAGCAGACAUACUUUGUGAAUCUGCGCCGGAACAUUGAGGAGCAAAUGAGUAUGCAUGGAGAGUUGACGCAUGAGAAGUUGAAAAUCUUGACCUUAGAGUGUUAUCGUCUGAGCAAGCAUUUUAAUAAACUGGAAAAAUAUGGUGAGCUUUUGCUCUCUCUUGUGGCAAAUUGUCGAAAACUGCAGACGGAAUCUGAGAAAGUUGUGCCAUGGGGUGAUUUUAGUGAACCCAUUAACUAUGAGAAUUCAGAUGAAAAAGACGAUUUCACCCUAAAAGUUUUAGAUCUAGAAUCCCAUGUCGAUCAAAGUGAAAAACAGCUUAAAUCACAAAUGGAGCUAAUGAAAAACUUUUGGCGUCGCCAAGCCUUGGCAGAAGCCCAAAUUGUGUUGUUAGAAGAGAGGAAAAGAAAAUUAUUGGAAGAAAAAGAGAGUUACAUUAACAAAAUUAAAUCACUAAGUAAAGCUGAUGAUGUCAAUGAAGUUCGAGAGACCUUACAAGUUAAAGGCGUUUUGGAUGAAAAGCCCUUCAACGGUUAUUUGAAACCUAAAUGUCAUUUGUAAGAAAUGUUUUUUAUUUGAUUGCCAUUUUUAAUUUUUUUGAGAAUAUACAUCAAAUUUCCUA